AUGUCUGAAAGUGAUGCGUCUUCUGGGGAGCACUACAAUCCCAACAAUUCCUCUGAGAGUUCAGAUGCGGAAUCAGAAUCCGAUGCUAAAACUAAAACUCUGCCGGAUGUAGAUGAAGAUGCUCUUCGGGUUGCUGUGGCUAAAGAACCGAGCACGUACAUCUGUGACUCCAUGACAGCUCCAAUGCAGGAUGCAAAGGAAACAAAUGCAGACUCGGAUGAACAUGAUGGAAGUCAUGGAAAACGGCAAUUGAAAAGCCAAAUCAAUUAUUGCUUCAUUUGCAAGAAACCCCAAACAAAAUUUGCUCGGCACUUAAAAAGGCAUGCACACCAGAAUGCAGAUGCCGCCAAGGCGUUAUCACUACCUCCAAGUUCAUGUGAGAGAAAGAACAUUUUGGAAAAAUUGCGGAAUCUUGGUAAUUUCUCACAUAAUACAGAAGUCCAAGCCACUGGAUCCGGGGCUCUAAAAGUCAAAAGAGAAUCAAAAACAAGCAAUGUCUCUGAGGCAUAUGAUUUCUGCACCCACUGCAAAGGGAUGUUUUCACGUAGAGAACUAUGGAAACACAUGAAGCGAUGCCUGCUCAAUUCGGCAAUGACAGAGGAAACAAGUGCAGGAAGGAAAAAAAUUACAAGUUUGUCUAAAUAUGGAGCAUCUGAAAGUGUAUCUCAAAAGCUCUUGGCAUUGAUCGAAAAAAUGCAUAAAAAUGAAGUCUAUGACGCAAUCAUGAAUGACUUCUUUGUUCUCCGGUUUGGGUCAACAAUGUACAACAAACAUGGACUUGACAAGUCUAAACAUGACUACAUCCGCCAGAAGCUAAGAGAAUUGGGCAGAUUGCUUGUAGCUUUGAGAAAUACGUCAACUAUAGACUCUGUGAAAGAAGCAGUCAAACCAUCCAAUUUCAUGACUCUUAUCAAGGCCGUGAAGAAGGUCGCUGGCUUUGAUGAAGUAACUGGAAUCUACAAAUCACCCAGUUUGGCCCUUAAAAUUGGGCACUCCCUCCGGCGGGUUAGUGAACUGAUUAUGUGCCAGUUUCUUAUGGAUGAGGAUGACGAGGGGGUCGAGUCAAUCAGAAGGUUCCACAAAUUGUACGACACCCAGUGGUCAGAAUUUGUUUCCCACUCAGCCUUGACAAAUUUGAGCGAUGCUAAUUACAACAAGAGCACAACCAUCCCUCUAGCAGAGGAUGUUCAGAGACUUCAUCUCCAUCUUCAGCAGGAGGCAGAUUUGGCUACAGAGAACCUGAACAGUACAUCAUCCACAGGUACUUAUGCAGCCCUGGCUAAACUAACACUAUGCAAAGUCAUUCUAUUCAACAGGAGGAGGUCUGGUGAAGUCUCAAAGAUGACUUUAAAAAAAUUUCUGGAUCGGGAUAACUCAAAAAUCAACGACGACAUAACCACAGGACUGAACAAAAUCGAGAAGAGACUUUGUCAGCAGCUCAAUAGAGUCGAAUUGAAGGGGAAAAGGGGACGCAAAGUCGCGGUCCUCCUCACACUCGACAUGACUGCUUCAUUAACUCUCCUUGUCAGCAAAAGGAAAGAGUGUGGAGUCGAUGAUGGCAAUGGACACCUCUUUGCAAUUCCCCACUGUCAAGGUUUCUUCAGAGGACAAGACUGCCUCCGUAAAAAUGCUUGUGCAUGUGGAGCUGUUAACCCGUGCAGUUUGACCUCAACUAAUCUACGCAAGCAUAUUGCGACAAUUAGUCAGGUCAUGAAUCUAAAAGACAAUGAAUUGGACCAGCUUGCAAACUUCUUAGGCCAUGACAUACGGGUGCAUCGGGAAUACUACCGCUUGCCCCAGUCGACGAUUCAGCUUGCAAAAAUAUCAGGGCGGGAGUGUGAAAGACAUCCAAGGGAAGUCACUCGACCAGAUAGGCGAUGACGUAGAAGAUUUUGCCCCUACUCCCAAUCAUCCUGGUCCUCUUCCUGGAACUGGCAUCCAAGGUAUUGUCAUAGUGAA